AUGGAGAACGGGAGUGUCGUUUCGAAUCCUAACGGCGUCGUUUCUGGGGGUUAUGUGGCGGUCCCCGCCGUCCCGCCGCCGCCGCCGGCGACUAGGGGUAGGCCGCGCCGCCAGUACAAUAGAAGGUACAGCGCCGCCGGGGACCGCCACACCAUGGUUAACGGUCGGAGCCGCCGCAUCAGAAUUCCGGUGCACUGCGCCGCCAGGAUUUUCCAGCUGACGGCGGAGCUCGGCCACCGGUCCGACGGCGAGACGGUGGUGUGGCUAAUGCGCCAAGCUGAGCCGUCGAUCCGAGCCGCCACUGGAUCGGGCACCGAACCGGCGUUUUACGUGACGUCAUCCCCUGCCCGCCCGGUCCAGGCGCCGCCGCAGGCCACCGUUCAAUGCCCAGUGACGGUGUCCCCGCCGGCUGUCGUGGUGUUGGAGGAUUAUUUCGGGCCAUUUGCGCCGCCGCCGGUUUCAGCUCCAGCCACGGCUCCGGCGCCGUUGCAGCCAGUCACUUUCCCGCCGUCGCAGGCGCCGGUGGCGGUGGAUCUUUCUCUGAACGCGUACGGCCAGAUUCCGUUCACGACUAUGCUGAUGCAGGCGGCGGCGCCGCCGCAAGUGGAGGAGGGCACGGCGGGCAGCUGCACCGCCGAGUGGUGGCAGAGGGUGAUGAACAACGGGCAGAUUUAG